CCCACCAGCAGAGCCGAUAACAAUCUCAUUGACACCACCAUACGAAGUACAUAUCCCAACACCCCGAGCCCAAGCUCAGGCUCGGACUCAAGCAGAAUGGGCGACCACGUCCUCUUCUUCUACGGAACCCUAAUGUCCCCCCAAAUUCUCCACCGGGUCAUCCACGGCCGCCCUGACCCCGAACCCUGGCAAAAAGCCUACCUGACCAUCCAGCCCGCCCUGCUACCAGGCUACCGGCGUCAUCGGGUACGGGGGGCGGAUUAUCCCGGAAUUAUAGCAAACCCCGCCCAUCCGGGAAGUCAGGGGACUGUGGGGAAGAACGGGGAGGUAGUUGGACCAGCAGCAGCAGCAGCAACAGCAGUUUCUCCCCAAGAAGACGCUUUCAAUGCCGAAAGUCGCGCUCCCGCCUCGGUUCUGGGUACGCUAGUCACCGGUCUGACGGACGGGGAUGUGUAUCGGUUAGAUUUGUUUGAGGGGGACGAGUAUGCCAAAGUCAAAGUGCGGGUGAAGGUCAGAGCGAAGGGGACUGCUGCUGAUGGGGUGACGAGUGCGCUUACGGAGGAGAAGGGCGUGCGGGAUGGACUUGAAAGUAGCCUAAUCCCGAGUCACGAGGUAUUCAGAGAUGAGGUCGAGGCGUUGACGUAUGUUUGGACGGCGGGGAGGGAUCGGCUGGAGGACCUCGAAUGGGAUUUUGAGGCGUUCAAGAGGGAUAAGUUGGCUUGGUGGGUAGAGGCUGACGAGAGAGAUUGGUGAUUCAUCUUAUUGUUCUGAAUAUAAUAUAAACUUAAUAUAUAAACCUCG